GUUGGAUCAAGAAUUCUUUCAUUUGGUGAAAUGGCGGGUAUUCUGGUGAGUCCUAAGUUCGAUGACAGGAUAAGAAAAAGAAAUGCUUUAUAUAAAAAACGGGGCGAAUCUCCUAAAUUUCGUGAUGUUUUGCGAGAAAGGUGUCAUGCAAGAAUUAGAGCUAGUAGGUGUGCUCUUUUAGAAAAAUUUAGAAAUUUGAAUGAUCCUGAAGAGUUGCAAUCUACCUUAACAGGAAUCUUGAAAGAAGAAAUCAAAUCACUCACAUGUAGUACUUAUGACAACAGAUUUAAUCGUAAUUAUGAAGAAGAACUUCAAACAGUGGAUGAGUUAGAAGAAGAUUAUUGGCUUAUUGAAGAAUAUGAUAGGAUAUUGGCCGAAGAAGAGGCAAAUUUUAAUUUUGAAUGGGAAAAUCAGAUUAUAUGUCCCAUUUGCGAAAAAUCAGUUCUCGUCAAUGAUAAUAGUGUGAUUUCCUGUAAUAAGUGUCUAUCACAGUUUCCUCUGGUAGACUCCUUGCAGACUUUUAAAGACUCUCUUGAUGCGGCAUUGAGAGCUCAUAAUGAAAGCUGUCCCGAUUCUGCUCAAUUCGCGCUAUUGAAAGACAAAGAACUUGGACUUUUCCUUAUAUGUGAAUUUUGUAUGUCAUUUUCACAAGUUUUAUAAAAAUUUUGUGUAUUUGUUACCUUUGUACCUGUAUUAAAUACUUAAUAAAACCAUUGUAAAUUAAUUAAUAAUUGAUUUGAACAUGUAUAUAUUUAUUUGUAUGACUUAAACAUUGACAUUUCAAAAAUGUUAUGUUUAACAUAAGAUGUUAAUAGUGAUUAAUUUAAAAAAAUUGAAGCUUUAUUAUGGUUUCUAAAUAAUUUG